AUGGAUCUAAGUUCUUUGUGGGAGAUAUAUGGAUCUAAGUUCUUUGUGGGUGGAUAUGGAUCUAAGUUCUUUGUGGAUGGAUAUGGAUCUAAGUUCUUUGUGGGUGGAUAUGGAUCUAAGUUCUUUGUUGGUGGAUAUGUAUCUAAGUUCUUUGUUGAUGGAUAUGGAUCUAAGUUCUUUGUUGAUGGAUAUGGAUCUAAGUUCUUUGUGGGUGGAUAUGGAUCUAACUUCUUUGUUGGUGGAUAUGUAUCUAAGUUCUUUGUUGAUGGAUAUGGAUCUAAGUUCUUUGUGGGUGGAUAUGGAUCUAAGUUCUUUGAUGGUAGAUAUGGAUGCAAAUUCUUUGGGGGUUGA